UAAAAAAAAUAUAAAUAUUAAGUUAAUUUUGAAUUUAAAAUCGAAUUGUUUUCAUAAGUUAAUUCUAAAUUUUAUAAAUUUUUUUUUUUAUUUUUGUUUUUCCAAAAUAACUAAUUAAAACAAAGAAAAUUUUUGUUCUUGUAUUCCAAAAUUUAAAAAAGAAAUUUUUUAGACAAAAGAAGUUACGAAAAAAAAAAAAUCGAAAUUAUAUUUUGGUUUCAAAUAAAUUUUAAAUUAAAUUAAAAAUAAAGAAGACUAAAAUCAAAAUGAAUAAUUUAAUUCGAAAGAAUCCAAAAAUUUUCCAAUCGAAAUAUGAUUGUUUUGGAAGCUCUAAAAAUUACGCGCAAAUAUCUCAUCACAAACAUCAAAAAUUAUAUCGCGCAGAUGAAUUAAUAACAUCAGUACAACAGCAGCAAUAUUCAAUAAAUCAUUUAAUUUUAAAACCACAACAUGUAGCUUCAGCAAUAAAUUUGCUCAAUUAUAAUUAUAUUAAUGUGCGUCCAACACAUCGAUCACCUAAUCAUGAUGCAUUUUCAUUUCAAAAACGUAAUUUACAUUUAAGCACAAGGCUUUUUGAGCAUCCAUCAUCUAAAGUUGAAGCAACAAUACAAGCAAUACAAAAUAAACAGAAGGAAGAAGGUUCGAAAAAAGAUGGUGCACCAAUUACAUCAUCAGAAAUACCAUCAACAGCCCCUCUGUCUGUUGAUCCAAUAAAAAAUUUGACUGCAACUGCUGCUCUUGCUAAUAAUGAUACAAAAAAGGUAGCUAUUGUUAAAAAGUCAUUAAAACAAAAAAUUUGGGAGGAAUUGGUGCAUUAUUAUCAUGGUUUCCGUUUACUGUUUAUUGAUAUAAAUGUUUGUCGGAAAUUAUUAUGGAGUGUACUUCAGGGAAAUACUUUAACACGUCGUGAAAAUCGUCUUUUGAUACGAACAACAUCAGAUUUAUUCCGUUUAGUUCCAUUUUCGGUAUUUAUUAUUAUACCAUUUAUGGAGUUAUUAUUACCAGUGUUUAUUAAAUUUUUCCCUGGAAUGUUACCAUCAACAUUUCAAACAACUAAAGACCGUGAGGAAAAAUUAAAACAAAGUUUGGCAGUCAAAUUAGAGGUUGCCAGAUUUUUACAAAAAACUCUUGAUGAAAUGGCUGUUGAAAGUAAGGAUCAUAAAAGUGAAGAUGCAAAACAAUUUUCAGUUUUCUUUCGAAAAAUUAAGGAUCCAAAUGAAUAUGUUAGUAAUGAAGAAAUCAUAAAAUUUUCGAAACGCUUUGAAGACGAGCUGACACUAGAUGCUUUAUCGAGGGAACAGUUAAUUGCGCUUUGUAGGGUUUUAGGUGUAAAUACAAUUGGUACAACAAAUUUAUUACGUUUUCAAUUACGUAUGAAGAUGCGGAAUUUAGCAGCCGAUGAUAAAAUCAUUGCUAAAGAAGGUGUUGACGCUCUUAAUUUAUAUGAACUUCAAUUAGCUAAUAAGAAUCGCGGAAUGCGUGCAUAUGGUUUAUCUGAGCAAUCAUUGCGUAGUCAGUUACAAGAAUGGAUUGAAUUGAGUUUAAACGAAAAAGUUCCUCCUUCGAUUUUGCUGUUAUCACGCGCGUUAAUGAUAUCAGAGGAUACGCCAACGACAGAUAAAAUUAAGGACACAAUUCGUUCGUUACCUGAUACUCUGGCUGCUCAAACUAAAGCAGCGAUUGGCGAACUAGAAGGUAAGGUUGAUAAUAAGACUAAGAUAGAAAUAAUAAGAGAGGAGGUCCGUAAGAUCAAGGAAGAAAAAGAAGAAGAAAGGCAAGAAGAAAAACAAAAGAAAAAGGUUGAAGCACAAGAAAAAAUUAUGGCAGAAAUAGAAAAGGGUGAAAUUUUAAUUGAUACAGCACCAACGCUAGUCGAUAAAGCCAUAGUCGAUGAAGUUAUUCCACAAGUUUUAGAAUCGGCUCAAGCACAGAUUCCAUUAGCACAAACAAAAAAAGAAGAAGAAGAUGGAACUAUAUCAUCUAAGGAUGUACAGCUUUUAGACGAAGCUUUAGCAAAAGUAUCGAAAGAUAAAAAACAAAUGUUAAAAGAAAAAGAAGUUAUUAAAGAACUAAAGGAAGAAAUUGAAGAUUACAAGGAAGACGUAGAAGAAUUAAAAAAGAUGUCUCAAGUUAUGGAUAAGAAAGUUGAAGAAGUUAAAGAAAGCAAGGCAGCAAAAUUACUUUAUAAUAAAGUUAAUAGUAUGGUUAGCCGACUAGAUAAAGUUCUUCAUGAUCUAGAGAAAACCGUGGAAAAAGAAGUGUCCGAAACCAAAAUUACUUCAGAACCUGAACAAAAACUAGUCGAGUCUAUUGAUCAACCUGAGGUUAAGGUCGAAAAGAAGAAAGAAGAAGAUUUAGUCAAAAUUACGGAACUUGUUGAGGCUAUAAAGGGCUUACAAAAAGUGGAAGAUGAAAGUAGACUAAAAGCAAUUGAAAAUGUUUUGUCAAAAAUCGAUCUCGAUCAGGACGGUCAAAUGAAAGUGAACGAUGUUAUGAAGAUUAUUGAAGCGAUUGGCACAGAUAACGUAAAAUUGAAUGAAAAACAAAUUGAAGAAUUAAUUCAAUUAAUAGAAAAAGAGGAAUGUUUAGAAGCUGAAGAUAAAAUAGAAAAAGCUUUAGCGAAAGAGAAAGCUGAAAAAGAAGCAGUUAAGGCGGCAAAAGAAGUUUUAAAAAAUAAUCAAACAAACUCUGAGGAAUUGAAAGAUACAGCACCAAAUUUGGUUGACAAAGCUACAGACAUAACAGAAAAAUCUAAAAAGAACCAUCGUUGAAAUCAAAUAUAUUAUCAGAGGCUACUAAUGAAAAACAAAAAGAAAAUGAUAACAUUUUUAUACCUCCAGCAAUACCACCAUCAAAAACGACAGGAAAUACAAAAGAUAAAACACUUUGAUACGAAAAUAGUACCAAAGUUAAUAAGAAAUAAAUUACAAAGUACUAAUUAAAUUGAAAUUUAGACUAUAGUAAAUGAAAAGAAUGGUGAUAAUUUAUAAGAAAACAAACAUUUGCGUAAUUAAUUUCUAAAUUAGUUAUGUUUUUAUUUUUGGUUCAAAGAACUGUACUAAGUAUAUUAAAACUACUUAUUUAUGUUUAUAAUAAAUAAUAAUAAUAAAAAACAAAACAAAUACAAGAUUGUAAUGUUUAUAAAUAUAAUUAACAUGAAUUUAUUUAAAAAUAAAAGAAAUUUAGAAUAAUUUUUUUUUAAGAAAAAUAAAAAAAAUGAGAUAGUUUUUGUUUUCUUAUUUUUAAUUUCUAGUAUAAAAAAGCUUAACUAGUGGAGUCUUAUAUUUUAUGAUAUCGAUAAUUUCAAAAUGUGCAGUUUCCGUUUAUAUAUGUUUUUUAUUGUUUUAUUGAAAUAGGAAUUUUAAAAGAAUACACAACAGUUUUAAAAUUUCUUUAAGAAAAACUAAAAUUGUUAAUUGAUUUUAAGAAAAAUCUAUUCCGAAGCUCUAUUUAAAUAUUUAGAUAAUUUGUUUGUUUUUAUUUUUGUGAAAUGUGGUGAAAAAAAAAAAAAAUUCUUUUCCGAUUUCAUUUGUUUAAUUAAAAAAUUUAAUUUUCUUUUAUUAUUUUUGUUAAAUAUAAAUAUUUUAAAUAGAACAUUGUUGAAUGAAACCUUAUACAUUCUUAAAACUCGUAUUGUAACACAAAAUUUAAAAAAAAAAUAU